AUGAACUUCACGAAUUUGCCUGCCUACUUGGAAGGGAAACGGGCAUACUCGUUACCCUCAGACUGGCUUCGUCCUGGGUUGAGAUGGGCCAAUCAAUAUACAAUGAGGAAGAACAAAGGACUUCACCCAGAAUCAGAUCGUCUUGACCGGGAACUAAGCACCCACACUGGGCUGCAACAAAAGGCCGUAUCCUUCCGGACAUUAGACCACAGUUCCCUAGUGGGACUAUCUCUGAAAUACCUGUUGACACGCGGAAAACCGGAAACCCGAGAGCUCAUCAGCGCACAGCAACUAUUCCCCGGAAACGUCUUCAAUAGAACUUCAAAACUCAGCAGCUCUAUAUGCCUCCGAGCGGAGUCUCCCUCUGGACCUUGCAGCUAUCAUAGAUCCGAUAGACUUUGCAAAUUCCUCCCAGAAUUCAACUCUUCUACCAUACCCUGA